UAUAAAAUCUGGGUUUCUUAGCUGUGAUCUCGAAAAGCACAUGGCUACCUUGCCCACAUGGCUUUUCUUAAUCAAAUUCGUCCAAUAGAUGACAUGAUAAAACGAUGGUAAAAUGCAAAAGUAUCUCCCUUGUCCGUCUUUCCUUGCAUAUGAUAUUCAGUCUGCAGUGAUGGAUAAAGUUGAAGCUCUCGAUCUUUUAGAGGAGUCCUGGUUUUUCGAGAACUUAUUCGAUAGGAGAAGAAGGAUGUUAAGAUGUUAUUCUGAUCCUUGUACUUCACCGAAUUUCAGCCAUGAUGUUUUGGCUAAAGAUUCGUGUGAUCAAACCGGCAAUGGUUUGGUUCGUGCACCAUCGUUCCCGCCGUGUAUAGGGAAGGAAGAAAAGGUUCGAGAAAGUAAGGACAAUGGUGGGAAGAUCAAAUUGAAUACGCAGUUAUCAGUUCAGAUAUCGGAAAUGACGUGUUCCGAUAGUAAGAUACAUGAGAUCAGAUCGACCGAUGAGUUGUCGCAACGUAACUUAGUAAGAACACCUUCUUUGCCUUCUCCAAGGAGGACUAAUGAGUUAACUCAGGAUAAUGACAGUGACCUUAGAAUGAGCAAAUUGAUCCGACAAGCAAUGGCUAACUCACCAGAUAUAUUACCCCCAAGGCACAGUCAUAACAAGGCAAUGAAUUUGCAAAGAUCUAGCCUCGGUCACGGAGGCCGUCAUUCGAAUCCGAAGCCGAUGUUGCGAAAAAGCCCUAACGAUCUUGCAUUCCAAGAGCUGCAAGGGUUCAAGGACUUAGGAUUCACAUUCGACGACGAAGAUUUGAGCCCCGAUGUGGUUAAUAUACUCUCGGGCUUGCAGGGAACUAAGAUAGAUGAGUUGGAACAAGGGAAAGUGAGAAGGAAGCCAUAUUUGUCCGAGGCAUGGCUCGUACAAGGCCCUACACCUCCUCUUCCAGCUUGUGUAACUAAGAACUCAGCAGAGGAUAUGAAGGCACAAAUCAGGUUUUGGGCCAGAGCUGUUGCAACUAAUGUUCGACACGAGUGCUGAGAAUUCAUUACAAAAUUUGACAUUACUAUUUAUA